CCUGCCGACCAGAGCAGUGCAAACUUCUCUUUUCUUCUCUCCUCUUUCCAGAUCGUGCCCACUGCAUGGCAGAGGGCUUGAAGGCAGACAUACUUGAGCUGGGCGCGUGCACGUGUGACAAGAGUUUAUCGGCGCACUUUACUUUGGCUCUGCUCACUCGCACUUCGCCGGCGCCGAGUGUAUUCGAUCUCCCACACCCUCCUCCUUCUUCCUCUCCCGGGAUGCGCCUCUGCUUUGAUAUCUCCGGCAACGAGUAUUUUUUUUUAUGUGAGAAGCUCACAGCCGCCAUGCUGGGAAAAGCCUGCCGCGUGACGGUUUUGCAGCGCCUCAAGCACUAGAGGAGAUCCUAAGGGACUUCGCGUCCUGCCUGCGCUCGGAAGGGUUUUUGGUAGCUGACACAUUCAAAAAAAGAACAUCUGUUUAUUUUCUUCAAAGUCUGCAGCAAGUAACAGAUGGUGCUACGGCUCAUUUUGACAUAACUCCUGCUUGUACUUGUCAUCAACAGAGUGACUGCUCCUUUUAGUCAUCUUUAGAAGAAUCUUGCAACAAAAAAAAAAAAGUUACAGCUCUUCUGAAGUAAUGAUGCUGAGACAGUAAAGAGGAAGUGGUGACAUGUGAACUGUAGACACCUGCCAAUGCCAGAUGAUGAUUACUAACCACAGAGGCCAGUCUUAACUUGUGCAGAGCUACACCAUCAUAAAGAAAUCCUGUCUUAGUGGCAUUUGUUUUUUUCUUUUCUCCUCCAAAUGCAGAGGAAACUUAACUGUUUCUCAGAUACCAGAAUCCAAUAUGGCCCUAACCAUUUUUGGCAUAUUCUUGGGAUUAUUUCUUGAAGUUUCUACAAAUGGACCUUAUGGAGUUCCAAGGUCUUCAUGGAAAAAUCAUGAGGUUAGUUUGAAAGAGUUUAUUGAACCAGGAGUUUUUAAUUAUUCAACUUUGUUGCUAAAUGAAGAAAAGAAAAUAUUGUAUGUGGGAGCAAGAGAAGCAAUCUUUGAGCUAAACUUGGAAAAUAUUGCUGUCAGAAAUAAACAGGUAUUGUGGAAAGUACCUGAAGGUAAACGAAAGGAGUGUGAAGUAAAGGGAAAAUCUAAAGAGACUGAAUGCCUUAAUUACAUACGGGUCCUUCAGAUGCAGAAUACUAGUCAUCUAUUUGUCUGUGGGACACAUGCAUUUCAGCCAUCAUGCGAUUAUCUGUCAAUUCAAGAUUUCAAAUUGGAAAAUAGAACUGAAGAUGGACGAGGAAAGUGUUCAUUUGAUCCAGCCCAAAGCUUCACAUCUGUAAUGGUUGAUGGUGACCUUUACUCUGGAACUGUAUACAAUUUCUUAGGAAGUGAGCCCAUUAUCUACAGGAGCUCAACACAGGCUUCACUGAGGACAGAAUAUUCCAUAUCUUGGCUUAAUGAACCUAGCUUUGUGCAUGCAGAUGUGAUCAGAGAAAGCAAAGACAGUGCUGAUGGUGAUGAUGAUAAAGUCUACUUUUUCUUUACUGAAGUUUCUGUUGAAUAUGAAUUCUUUGUUAAGUUGUCCAUUCCACGGAUAGCUCGGGUCUGUAAGGGAGACUUGGGAGGACAAAGGACCUUGCAGAAGAAGUGGACAUCUUUCUUGAAAGCCAAACUUGUGUGCUCAAUGCCACAGUUAAACUUUGUGUUUAAUAUCAUUCGUGAUGUUUUUAUUUUAAAAACUUCAGAAUGGGAGAAUACAGUCAUUUAUGGUCUUUUUACUUCUCAAUGGGGUAAUAUUGGAUUUUCUGCAGUUUGUGCUUACAAGAUAUCUACCGUGGAUGAGGUUUUCGCUAAAGGGAAGUACAUGGAAAAAGCCAUCGUUGAGCACUCUCAGACAAAAUGGGUUAGAUACAAUGGUGUACCUCCAAGUCCUCGUCCUGGGGGGUGUAUAACUAACAAAGAAAGACAGCAGAAUGUCACAAGUUCUUUACAUCUGCCAGACAAAACUUUACAAUUUGUCAAGGAUCAUCCACUGAUGGACGACGCAAUAUUGCCAACAGGACACCAGCCUCAGCUUGUUAUGAAAGAUGUAAACUACACACAAAUUGUUGUUGAUCAGAUCCAAGCACUAGACAACAAUACCUAUGAUAUUAUAUUCACAAGCACAGAUAAAGGAAUUUUACACAAAACAGUCAUUAUUGCUAAUGAGGUUCAUAUAAUUGAAGAAAUUCAACUGUUACCCCAUCCAGAACCAAUUAAGACAUUGCUUUUAUCCUCUGGGCAGAGAAGGUUCCUGUAUGCAGGCUCAGAUGGAAGGGUUAUCCAGUCACCUACAGCUUUCUGUGAAAAGUAUAAAUCUUGUGUAAAUUGCAUUUUAGCAAGGGAUCCAUACUGUGCUUGGAGUUCAGAAGAUAACAUCUGUGUCAAUCAAGUAACCAGCAGAAGUAAAAGGGGUCUGCUUCAGAUGUUAAAUGGAGAUGCCAGUGUCUGCCCAUCAGUAAACUACGAUGUCAAGUACCAGACUAUUAUUGUACAACAUGGCACAGCCAUCCGACUACUGUGUCAGCUGAAUUCCAACCUUGCCAAUGUAGUUUGGAAGAAGAAUGACAUACCUCUGACUCCUGAUCCACCCAAAUAUGAAAUUGUUGGAGACAGUGAUCUACUGAUUUUUAAUAUCUCGGAGCAUGACCAGGGCAACUAUAGUUGUUUUUCAGUGGAACAAGUUCAAAACAGUGACUUUAAACAGUUGGUGGCGGCAUAUAUUUUAAGUUUACCGAGAGAACCAGUCCUUCCUACAUCUACCACUCCUAAUCUUGAGAUCAAAACUGAAGGUAAUGCCAGUACAGCAGAGCUCACACUAACUACAGCAGUUCAGAGCUUUACUACUUCCACCACAUUACCUGUUCAAACUGAAUUUACACUAACCCUAUCUUCAAGUGCCACAGCAGAACCACAUUCGAUGCUUUCUACUGCCAGCUCAGAGAUUUCUAACCUUGAUGUCAAAGAUCCUUCAGCUCAGCCUAUAAAGUUCAAUAAUAACAAUGCCCUCCUGUAUCUUUUCUUGCUCUUCUUCUUUUUGUUCCUGAUUUUAUUUGUAUAUAAUUGCCACAUGCAAUACCUUCCACUCCCUUGCCUAAAAUUGAGAUCUAUCAUUUUGGGAACUAAAAAACAACCACAGCCUGAGUACAUGGCCUGUGAAGCAGGUUUGAUGGAGCCAAUGGUGGAGAAAGCUGAGCUUACUGAAACACAAAGCCCAAAUGGGCACCAGCAGAAGGGUUUGCGUGACACAGGCUAUGAAACUGAGCCCGAGUAUGUCAAUGGCAAAAUCCCUGCAACUGAAGACUCUGAAGAAUCUGGCUUAAGUGUAGAGAAGCCAUUUGAUGUAAUUUGUGAAUCUCAGCCCAUUGAAUAUGCUGAUGCUGAUGCUCCUUGCUGAUGAACGCUUUGCUUGCCUGCUUGUUGAAGCUGUAUUUGACCUUUUUUUCCUUCAUUCAUAUUUGUUGCAUUCUCUUUUGCUUCAGAUAACAUUUGUAAAUUUCAUCUUGGGGCAAUGGAGAAGUUGUCUAAAGCAUGUUUUUUUUUUUUGUUUUUUUUUUCUACUAAAUCAUGUUUUAAUCAGCUAUUUAGUCUCUGUGGAAAGUCUACGCAUCCUUUCAAAACUUGCAUAUUUUUGAUGGGGAUUCUUAAGUCAUUACAUAUAAAAUGAGAGUCUGAAUAACUGUCAUAUUUAACAAAAUUUUCAGGAAACCAUAAAAAAAUGUUUUAAGUAACUGUGCACACCCCAGUGAUUUUACAUUUUAUAAGAAACUUUUGCUUGAACUGCAACCUUAAUUCUGUUCUGGCAUGCCCACAAAAUUAUUCCUUGCCCCUUACGCUUGCUACGGUAACACGUAUAUUUGACAGUGCUUGGACAAUGAUGUUUGAGUGGAGUAAACUCACUUAAGGAAUGUUGAUGAACCUCAUCCUUCAAGUCAUUUGACAAAUUUAGAUUUAGGGCAAACAAAAUCUUACUCAGUCACUCUUUUCCUUUGAGUGUAAUGUCAUUGUGAUCAUCUGAAAAGAACAUUCGGUUUUCUUAAAGAUUGCAAUAUACUGUAUUUGCUCUGGGGCCCAGUUCCCUGCUUAAAGAAAGAAUUUAUUGUGGCAAUGACAUUUUGUAUUAGCUUUUUAUCAAAUGUAAUAUUUUGUAUUCGUGUCAGAAUGUUUCAACAGUGUCUCAUUGGCCACACAAAUAUCUUUCCACAACUUUUUCAAAUAUGAUGACGUGGAGUUUUCUAAAUGUUAAAGAGAUUCUCCCAUUGACUAAACUUGACAUGAGUGCCUGCAGGCAGCUCCAUUACCAUUGGAGUUUGAGUGGCCUCUGCAUUUGGUGGUCUUGUUGAGUUAUCCAGAUUGAAUGAAGACCUAUAGAUUAACAUAAUGAAUCUCUGGAUCCAUUUCAUUACACAUUACAGGCAGGUGGUCUUUUGACCUUUAGAGACACACUGCUAGAAACAAGAUUGUUUUGCGGUAAACAGCAACUAAAAGAGGACUACACUUAUCCUGCCAUGAGAUUUUGAAGGUAGUUAAAUCAGACCUAAUUUAUUGUAUUCAUAUUUACAGGGUGUGCACACUAUUGUGGACCAUUUGUAUACAUUAUAUCACAUUUUCAACUAAUUUUUACAUUUUUGAGUCUGUUUUUACUUGUAUUAUGUUAUAACACCAGAGUAUAUGCAGGUUGGGAAAUGAUGUGGAGACUAUGUAUAAGCACCAUAAUUAACAGCAAGAAAUUUGUAAAUUACAGUGCAUUUCAUAACCUGUGGCUUCUACAACCUGCAUUAGAGUCCGCAAUAUUGAUUGUUAUUGUAUCAGUUUAAAUUCCAGAUUGGAAAAUUAGUUUAUCAAAUUGGUAAGUAUGUUAAUGUUAUCCAAAUUGGAGUACACAAUAUCUGAUGUUAAUAUUUGUAAUCUGUUAGCUUUGUUGUUGUGCAUCUUAAUGUAUGUAGUGCUGUGUUUCAUGUGGGUUGAGUGUGAAAUAUCUUUUUUUUUUUUUAUUAAAUAUUCUCAGGGAUGAACUGUGUUUUUUCUCCACAACUUUAAGCAUAGUGCUUAAGGUUUGCAGCCACUUUGAAAAUGCACAUUGUACUGGACAUUUUAUACUUUAAUUAUGUUGGGUCUGAAACCACAAAUUCAUAAAAGAUGAUUUGAGGAUGUUCCAGGCAACAUUGCUGAUACUGAGCCAAAAGCAUCUUGAAGACAUUGGCAGCCUGUGAACACUGAGUAUGGCCAAAUAAAGUACCUGGAACUAGUUUUCCCCAAGCAGUAUAACAAACCUUGGCAAAUGGCUGCGUCGGAAGGAAGAGCAUUUUUGGAAUGGAUGUUAUCAUUUCUGUGGUUAUUUUGAUAGUCUCUGUACACAAUAACAUGGAGGAACAUCUGCCCUGGAUUAGUGGCAACUUCAGGAGAACUUUUUAAAGUACUGGAGUUAGACUUCUCUACACACAGCUAUAAAGCCGGGGUCAUACCACAUAAUUUUAUUAUUAUAAAAGCCGGGAGUAAAUUACAAGGUAUACUACUAACAUUAAGAAAGCAUACUUUUAUAGUAUUAGUAAUGUGAUUGUAUUGAUCUUAUUUUUCUAUAAGGUAUGUACAGAAAAUCUUAAAUAAAAGUAAAAUGCAUAAA